CCUGGGUUUAUUUCAGCUGUCAUUUAACAAGCAACUUUUACAGAGAUUCUCCUUCACACGUGUGUAUGGUAUUUAGCAGGAAAACGAGGUUUCAGAGAUACCGUCUCUCCACGUUGCCCGCUGACGAAAAUAGUCACCAGCCAAACCGGUUCUCAUUGGUAGACCCCGUAAUAAGUCAUGCAUUCUGAACACUAGAUUAGCAUACGAGCGGGUCCGCGCUGUUAAGCUCCCGUGCCGGAAUUUCUCCGCUGCUCAGUGCGACACAGUUGACCAAGUGAACGCUGUCGUCGAUUGAUGUUUUCAGAUUGAGGUGGAGAGCGAGAGACGUACAGUGUACUGCCGACCGUCGAGAAAACAGGACGUAUUCCUUCGCCAGUGGAGGGCGUAUUGUCCGAAUGAGUCAGGAAGUGUAGAAUGUGCUUAACCGGGACAUCACGCCAGCUCCCGUAACUAGAUCCUCCCCUUACACAAAUGCUACGAGAGUUCAGAGGGACUCCCUUCAACAGCCUCGCUCCCCGCUUCAUUGGGAAGCCAACGGAACACACGCCACAAAACUGACAGCGCCGCUGUAGCUUUUCUGCUGUGACACUUCGUGUGGAAAACAAGGGACAUUGAUUGGAGGGUUGAACUGUUGACGUUUAAACCUCACUGUGUUGUGGUUUAUUUUAUUUUGUAACUGUUGGAUCAUAAACGGUCAAAAUGCCGGUCGAGGAUACAGUGAUGUGUCGGAAGAGUGUCUUGUAUAUCGGCAGCUCCGUCCCCCUGGAGACAUCGGAGGGACUUGAAGCUAUACAACAACCCCUUAAGGAGCACUACCCGGUAGAAGAGGGGUCUACGAUUGAUGGGAUGAAAUCCACCCUGACGGUCUUGCCCACGGGGUUGCAGUUGUUGCUGAAUGACGACGACUCGGGGACGAUAAUCUGGUUCCCGAUCACUUCUUUGACAUUAUGUGCCGCUGUCCGAUGUAUCAACACCGUCAACACAGCCACAGGGGAAAAAGUGGCUAAGUUUGUCUCUUUAAGCUCCCCCGCAGCAGGUGGUGCCAAUUCUAGGAGGCCGGCGAUUUUCACAGCGAUCACGCGUCGCACUAAAGGCAAGAAGGUUCUGGAGUGUCAUGGUUUUGUUUGUGAAAGUGCACGGGACUCUUUGGAAUUGGUGCAGAAAACUUCCACGGCUGAUAAAAUGAGCAAAGCGAGGAUAAAUGGUACUGUCCUCUCCCCAACGCCUUCCUUUGGAGUUGAGAACGUUCCCAACCCAGUGGCGCGGUCGUAUGGGGCGGAGAACAUUGUUACCCCAACGAUUCGCCCUGAAAGCAACACUAUUCUCCGAUCAUCAUCAGGGAUGCAGGACUACCCAGUCAGACUGAUUUCGGGGGAGAGACGACCGGUGUCCACCAACGGAGUUGCCCCCGAGUUUAUGGAUAACCCCCCAGAGCAUGGCUACUUCUACAGCACCAAAACAUCAAAGGUAAAGAAAUAUACCGUAGAUCCUGUAUCAGAUGUUGAAGGGGAUUUUCUAAACGCAUCUUCUCAUGCACCCUUCGCAGGCAGACCUGCUGGAGAUCGGAGGUCAGUUUACAGUCAGCCCGUCACAGUGGCUGCCAUGCCCCCCGGGGCAUCUAUGACCCUGCCCCACCCACGCCCCGCACCGGUCAUACCUAUAAGAGCAGUCCCACCUCCUCCACCUACAGUGAUUGCUGCACCCCCACAAAUUGUUCGCAGAGGGAGGUUCUUCUCCCCACCCCCUACCCUGAUGCGCCCGAGGAUGAUCCCUGGGUACCCCCGUCAGGAUCCACAUGUGUUCAUGCCACCACCGCCGGUUUUCAUUGACGCACCCUACGUCAUCAAACGACGACCCCAAAGAAGGGGGUCACAUUCGUCAGGGUCAGGGUCGGGCUCAUCCCGUUCUUCAUCCCCAAGAAACAUCCACGAUGAAACAUUCCCCAAGAGAACCAUGAACGGCGAUAAUGGCGACCUUUCAAGCGAACUCAGUUCUAGACCAAGAACCCCACCCACAGAUUACGAGUCUAGACCCAGGGGACCCAGGAUUAGCCGCAGGGAGGACUACGACCUUCGUCACCGCCCUCCCCUGGGUGCAUUCCCAUCAAACGGCUUUGCCCCACCCCCACAACAUGGGUACUACAUGUACGGCCCGCAGCGUUACCCCUACAUGCCAAUGUACGUAGAAGGCAGAGCAAGAUCUGUUCCUCCUCCAGAGGGCAAGGGGAAGAAGGGGAAGAAGAAUAAGAAGAAUAAGAAGGAGAAGAAGAGUAAGAAGAGAGUGUAUGGCAUUCCCAGUGACUCCACUGACAGUUAUAGUGGUUACAUGUCAGAGAAUCCAAAUAUGUUUGACAGGAGCUACCCAAGGCUGCCACGAGACUUCAGAAAGAAGGAAAAUAUGAAUAUGAGCGAACGAGCCUUCUCCAAGAACCUGGAAGCACAAAGCAGGAAUCCUCAUCUCAAUGAAGGGGGUAUGUCUGCGUAUGCACUCAACGAACAUAUGGCUUCAAGGGUUCGUGGGGAGGACGAAUUUCAUAUGUACUAGGGGAUGAUUUCAAAAUACGUCAUUUGGAAUAUAUGUGUGUCCACUCGAACCCGUCUUCGUCGGCUUAAGCAGACUGGAGUGACCUGCCUGCGGAUUUUGCAAGAUGGCGACACGCGCAUGACGUGUAGGAAUUCUGGGAAGGGUGCAGGAUGGUACAGUGUGUAUGUUUGUGAGGAUCGACUUGACCUCCAGCGCAAAGUGACCUUUACCUGAGUUGGUGAGAAACAUGUUAAUGAAACAGCAAGCUGACAUUUAGGCUUGCUUUCGGAGAGGUCAAAGGUAAAGGGUGAAGGUCAACUAGAGAGGUGACGCAUCAGGUGAAAGGUCAACAAAUGUAAACAAUAGAAUAACUACCACGAGCAUUAUUUUAAACGUGAGAUAUAUACCCCUAUGUGCAAAUGUUAUACACAAUGUCAUACUCAUUCAUGUACAAAGUAUCAGAUCUACCGUUACGCAAACGAAAUGCUCUUGUACAUACAUGUUAAUGCUCGUCAUCUAUUGCUGCAGGUCAUCGUUUAAGCAGGUACGAUAUAUCGGCAAUAUUGUGAGGUAAAGCAUAAUCUAUCGUAGUUAUAGAAACGAUAAAGACACUUACAAGAUAGACCAUUAACAGCAGGGAAUGUUCAGUCAGUUUUGUAAGAUUUCACAUACGGGCUACCAAACACUGAAUACUUUGUCGCAAUAGCUAUCUCUUACGUGUUUACUAACACUGUCACAACGUUACGUUAUGUACAUAAACUUGUAAAUGAUUUAUAUAGUAUAUUAGUGGGCACUCUCUCUGUAUAGAAACAAAAUAAUUCUGAAAAUUCCAUUAGCAGUGAUUAGCACCGAACUACAGCAAUUGGGUAUGGUCUGUGUUUACUGAACACUGCUCAACUUACACCCCAGGGCGGGUUUUGUGAAUCUCCAUCAAACACGUUUACAGUGCAAACUUGACAGCCAAGUCAAACAUUCUUCGGAUUUUCUCCUAACUCGUCAAACAUUGAAUGCGAGAAAAUACAAUAUUCAGUUACAUUUUUCGAAACUUAUAUUUAUAUAAAAUGUGGAAUAUAUAUAUCUGUAUAAUAUUUGUCUAACGAUAAAAGGCCAUUCGGGUUGACUACCCCUUUGAAGCUAAUACCUUUACUCGGUGUACACAAUAUGCACAAAGCAGUUUAGGAUUUGCCAGGCUUAUAACAUAUUUAAACUACUUUGUGGUAUCAUUCCCGAUCCGGUUUAAUCUUUUCGCAUGGAAACCGAUUCAGGAAUCAGUGCAUACACACUAAUUACGGUUGCUAAUUGACUGGGAGCUGUCUACAAUAGGGAGCUGUUGUGUAAACUGGUUUUGUGUUCGUGUUAUUGCGUAAUACUUUAACACCCCGGGGCUAAUUCUUGAGCUGUAACAAAGAUCAUUACUGAUCACACACAUUAGCAUGCUAUUUGUGACCUUGUACCGUCACGAUCCAUUAGAAUGUAUGCCAAAGGCUUCUGAAUAAUUUAUUCCACGCUAAACAAAACAUGCUAUCACAUGUCUAGUUUAUUUACUACUCGUUAAUAUUUUAUCAAGUUUUGGAAACAUUUAUUAUUAAUGUAUGUUUUUUUAUUACACUAAUUCAGGUCAAAUAACGGUUUCGUUUUCGUAUGUAGUAAGGGAUUUUGUUGUAUUAGCGACCACGUGAAUUUUAGCUACUGUUUUGAUAUUAUAUAGGUUAAAACCAGAUGUAAACUGCAGAACAAAAAAAGCAUACACUUAAAAAAUGAUUUUGACCAAAACAUAACAAACGUUAUCAAAACCUUACCAGGCUGAAAACAGUCAGCAAACCGCUAUAACAGUAUCCAAUACAUCACCAUCGAAUAACCAUUUUUUGUUUAUUUCAUUUUUUUAAACCACAAUCAAAUAUAUUCUCAUUUUCCCGGCAGUUUAUAUUGAAACUUCCCAGUUUCGUUAUUAGAUGAAAGUUAUACAAUGUGCAACACACUGUAGAAUACGGUCGAUAAAAUUCAUAAUGCAACAUCGACUCGGAAUUAUUACCUGUUAUCAAUCAUUGUUAUGCUCUGUUGUACGUACAGGAACUCCCUAUAGAACCAAAUCGACGUUUCAUGUUAAGUUGAAAGAUCGGAAGCUGAUAUUAACACUUCGGAUCAAUGUGUGAAUAUCCUUCGUACUGACACCAAGUGGGUUAAUGGCAAAAGCCCACGUGUGCUACAUGCGUUCCUGAACUUGCCUAUGCGUUCCUAUACUUUGUAACAGUUCAAUUUCUCAUGGAAGCAUGUUUAGGCCUUUCAAAUACGAAAAGCAAAAUGAUAAAAUUGAUGACCUUCCACCCGACUCAAUUAUUAUUAAAUUUUUAAAAAACCAAAAAAACUCCGGAAAUAUAUUUAUAUUGCUUUUAAUUUGGAAACAUUCUUCUGUGGUUGCAAAUUUCGUUUUGAUAAAAUUGACAUUUGAUUUUGUGAAUCACUAACGCAACGAAAUAUAUUAUUAUUUAAGGUUCUGAAUGGUUUGUUUUGCUGUUAAAUGGUUUUGCUUGGAAUACAAGAGUUAAGCAGGUACAUAGGCACACAGAAUGUCUCUUCUACUUGUUCAGGCAUACAGGUAGAUCUGCUACACCUGACAGGUACACAGAUAGAUCUGCUACACCUGACAGGUACACAGGUAGAUCUGCUACACCAGACAGGUACACAGGUAGAUCUGCUACACCGGACAGGUACACAGGUAGAUCUGCUACACCAGACAGGUACACAAGUAGAUCUGCUACACCUGACAGGUACACAAGUAGAUCUGCUACACCGGACAGGUACACAGGUAGAUCUGCUACACCUGACAGGUACACAAGUAGAUCUGCUACACUUGACAGGUACACAGGUAGAUCUGCUACACCUGACAGGUACACAAGUAGAUUUUACACCUGACAGGUACACAGGUAGAUUUGCUACACCUGACAGGUACACAGGUAGAUCUGCUACACCUGACAGGUACACAGGUAGAUCUGCUACACCUGACAGGUACACAAGUAGAUCUGCUACACCUGACAGGUACACAGGUAGAUCUGCUACAUCUGCUAGGUACACAGGUAGAUCUGCUACAUCUGACAGGUGCACAGGUAGAUCUGCUACACCUGACAGGUACACGGGUUGAUCUGCUACACUUGACAGGUACACAAGUAGAUGUAGUACUAACUCUAGGUCGAUUACCAUAAUGCACACAUUAGAAAUCUAGAAAUACAUUCUUUCUUCAAAUAGGAUAAUCCCAACAACUAUCAUAUAAAAUAAAGGUCAGUUUGAAAUAAAAACCUUAGUUUUGUUCCAAAUAGGUUUUUUUAUUCAACAAACACGGGCACAAGCCAGAACAACGUUCUAUAUUUAGCAUGGUGUUUGUUUACGAGAAAACACUAAGCAGGCACGGCAAUUAUCCCUAAUAGGGAUGUUGUCGCGGCCUUUGAUAUAUGCCAUGAUACUCCUUUUGUCUACGGUAACCUACACGUAUGUACUACUUAAAAUAUGUUAAGGUUAAAAGUUAAGGACCACCGAUUCUUUCAUAUUACUAUAAAUAAACAACUGUUAUAUAAAUAACUAUAUUAAUAAGAUGGUAAAAAUAACUAUAAUAAUAUGAAAGAAUCAGGCGGGCCUUAAGUUUUAAAUUUAAUAACUUUUUUGAGUAGUAUCUAAGGUCUAGCUGAAGACAAGACUUGCUUACUACUUUAAGCUCCAUCUAUGUAUUAGAUCAAAUUAAUAAUGCUUUUUUUCAGGACAUUGUUUUUAUUGUUAUUGUAGUGUAUGACAUUUCCCAGUAUGUGGUUCAAUUCGUACUUCUUUUAGGCAAUUUGUUGAUAAAGUAAUAUUCUCAAAUAGUCACAUAAUUAGUAUUAUAUUGAAUAUUUUAUUGAACACAUUGUUAACAGUAAUAUGAUUAUGUAAUACACAAAUAACCAAUGGUCUUCCCGCCUGUUUUGCAUUAUGACGUCAUGAUGACGUCAUUUCUUUCAGCCCACCUGUAAUCAAAGAGUUCUAUUCAGAAUUACGUAUAUUUUAUUAAUAAAUGUAUAUUGUUACAGCAAA